AUGGACCAAGUCACGCCUCAUGAACAACGCGGGUCCGAGACAAAAGACACUCCACGACCCAAGACGACUCGUAAACGGGUCAGACUGUCGCGUGGCAAGGGCCUGCGAACCAAGGCUGGCUGCACAGCAUGCCGAAAGAAGCACUUGAAGUGCGGAGAGCAACGACCUCAAUGUGUUGCUUGUCACAGGGCUGGUCUUGAGUGCAUCUACACUGGUCCUGCGAACGGCACGACAAAUCAUGGUCGCGUCGCUUCCAGGACACCUCAUCAUAUUACUGGCCUAGCCGGCUCGAAUAACUCGGAUCAUGGCCGAGCGACCGGUGAUGGGCGAACUCUGCAGUCCUCGAGCCAGCCCGAGGCUGAAAUGUCCAGGUCAUCUGUGAAGGCCGUCUACGCAGCUUCGUCGUUGCGGGAAGUGAUUGAGAUCAAAAGCUCUCGCAAUGGAGCAGGUGGUCCGAUCAGAUCAUGCUUGGAGGACAGCACGGCGCCUGCAGCCUUCGCCUAUCCUUCUGUGGUCGAUCAGCCACCUGAGUUCUGUCAAGAAGAAGAAGACACCGCGCAGAUAUACCUACCAGGUGAGGAUGACUACUCGUUCCAGGAGACGAGCCCUGGCUCGCAAUGGAGCGGGUGGCCGUACAUCACUGCCGAAGCGGCGUCCUUACGCUACUUUGGCAUGUUAGCCACCGACGCGGCGGAAGGCGUGCUGAUAUCGCCCAUACUACCGCAAGUUUCGGCAUUGCUUGAUAUUGCGAACGUACCGCAAGCAAGUGCGACUACUGCAGUAUCGGUAUCUUGCCUGGCGGAAACUGUAAUCACAUUGGAUGGCACAUAUGUAAGCUCUGAUACCGUCACUCUCACUGACCUUGAAGUGGCACUACUGGAGCACUUUGUGCAUCACUUGAGCCUGUGGAUAGAUCUCACAGAUCCCGAGCGCUCAUUCGCUACUAUCGUGCCGUCUAUGGCACUUCAAAACCAAGGCCUGAUGUCCGCCAUACUUGCACUUUCUUCUCGCCACAUGUCGCUGAAAGUUUCAUCCUCACCGUCGAUCAUCCCAUUCGAUUUGCCGCGAAAUACAGCCGUGGAGUACUACAAUGCGACUCUGCGAUACUUGCAGCAUGCCAUGAAAGAUGCGUUAUACCUCCGCUCAGACGAGCUGCUCGCAACAGUGCUAAUAAUCUCUACUUACGAGAUGAUUGACGGUAGCGGCAGUGGCUGGGAGCGUCACCUCAAAGGUGUCUUCUAUAUUCAACGAUCGCAGACAAUUCAUGGUGAGAGCACGGGCUUGAAGAAGGCAAUUUGGUGGGCGUGGUUGCGGCAGGAUGUUUGGGCUGCACUCAAGGAGCGGCGCAAGAUACUGAGCUUUUACAAGCUGACACGAAAGUGUGCCGAACUCGACUUCUGGGGUCUCGUCAACAGAUCUGUGUUUCUGCUAGGCCAGUGCAUUAAUUACGCAAGCGAUACGGAGACAGCUUCUGGAAAGAUUGUUAUUCAGACACGAAUCAGCAGAGGCAAUGCUUUGUGCAACGACCUGGCUGAAUGGCACGCCUUCUUCUCGUUCCAUGACAGACGGCUUCCGGUGACUAGUCAGCAGCAGGGCCCCAUCAAAGCCAUCUGGAUCAAUCCCUCUGCAGCCAGUCUCGCCGUCCAGGUGCAUGCUCUUGCUCGCCUGCUCCUUCUGGAAUGUAUGCCUGCCCUCGGCGGCAUGAAAGAAAUUGCUCAGCGGAAGAACGAUUUUGAGAAAGCCAGAGACGCGGUCAUCGGUAUUGCUAUGCGUACCACAGAUCCUGCGGCGGUCAUGAUUUCGACAAUGUGUUUGUAUGCAACUGGAAUUAACACAGAAAAAGUCGAAGUCAGGACAAUCAUUCUGGACUUGCUGCGUGAACACCAGCGGACCACAGGAUGGCCGAGUAACGACAUGGCGGUCGAGCUCGAACAGACGUGGUCGGAAUCUGAAGGCACCAAGUACUUCACAUGA